GAAAGCAAACGGCCCUAUGUCAUUGACGUACAAAUAGAGACAUUAACUGUAACGAGAGGAUUUAAAAUAUCUUGUAUGAUUUUGAAAGGCAAGCUUAAAUCUAAUAUUUAUUUUUAUUGACGACAUUUGAUUUUUUUUAUUGCGGUUACAAAUGGAGUCACAAAUGUGGCUGGUGGGAAGAUAAUAAACGGUGCACCAGAGCGGCAAGUGUACUUGGGAGAUUUCUGGAAUUAGAAACGAAUGGAACUCUUCAAUGGCUUUUUCAGGUCCAAAUAAAGAUAAUAUCCGAGCAGGAUGCAAGAAAUGUGGAUAUCCUGGCCAUCUGACCUUUGAAUGUCGAAAUUUUGUCCGUGUGGACCCUCAAAAGGAUAUUGUUCUAGAUGUAAGUAGCACCAGCAGUGAGGACACAGAGGAGGAAGAGGAGCUUCAGCAGCUGCAGGAUAUCAUUAGUAAAAAAGAAACAAAACAAGCUGGUGAAAAGAAUGAACAUCAGAAGAAGAAAAGGAAAGAUAAGACAAGAGAUGAAUGCAGAAAAAGAUCUUGUUCAUCCAGUGAAGACAAAAGUGAGAAAAAGAGCAAGAAGCAAAAAGUUCUUAAAAAGAAAAAGAAAACUAAGAAGAAAAGCAAGCACAAAAGUCACAAACACCACCAAAAGGUUAAGAAAAAGGAAAAACACCCUACUUCUUCCUCAUCAGAAAGUUCUAGUCAGUCUUCAGAUAGUGAUUGAUUACAUUGUGUUAUAAUCCUAGGGUUGUUCCAGAAGACUGUUUCUUUAAUUAUUUUCCAAUAGCUCACACAUUCAUGAAUAUUUCUUUGUGAGUUAGAGAAGAUAUAAAUAGAAUAUUUAACCGUAUGAGUGACAUGCAUUUUAACACAUUGGAAAAUUUUGUUUAAAAUUCGUGUUCAGCAUCGAUGAUAUCACAUGGAAAAUGUUCAGAUAAUUUGUAAUGUUGAUUAUUAGACAACUCGGCAGAAGUGGCUACUUUUAAAGAUGGAUUUUCAAGCUAGAAGUUGUCUUCUGAUAGCUCGAGGUCACUAUUUGAUCAAUUGUAUUAACUAUAUAAAAGAGUAAAACAUAGUAACAAUGUUCAGCAAUAUUUCAAUAUUUUUAACACUUUUCUAUUACAAUUGUCUCGGUAAUGACUUGUAGAAUUGACCUAUCUACGGAUAGAAAUAUAAUAUAUGGCUUUCAGAUA